CUUCAGCAUAAUCGUAGAUAAGAAGAAGGUGAGUGGAGAAAGAACGGCUGCUUCAGCCGUCGGAGGAAUCAGAACGCAUUCGGAGAUUCACCUGCAAACAUGGCAAGGGGAUUGAAGAAGCAUCUCAAGAGGCUUAAUGCCCCUAAGCAUUGGAUGCUCGACAAACUUGGUGGUGCCUUUGCCCCCAAACCAUCUUCUGGACCACACAAGUCGAGGGAGUGCCUUCCCCUUGUGCUUAUCAUCCGUAAUAGAUUGAAGUAUGCUCUCACAUACCGUGAGGUGAUUUCAAUCUUGAUGCAAAGACAUAUUCAAGUUGAUGGGAAAGUCAGGACUGACAAAACAUACCCUGCUGGUUUCAUGGAUGUUGUGUCUAUCCCCAAAACAAACGAAAACUUCCGUCUUCUGUAUGACACCAAGGGACGCUUCCGUCUCCACUCCAUCAGGGAUGAGGAAGCAAAGUUCAAGCUGUGCAAAGUGAGAUCUAUCCAGUUUGGUCAAAAGGGCAUUCCAUACCUGAACACCUACGAUGGUCGCACCAUCCGUUACCCCGACCCGCUUAUCAAGCCUAACGACACCAUCAAGCUCGACCUGGAGGAGAACAAGAUCGUGGAGUUCAUCAAGUUUGAUGUGGGAAAUGUUGUGAUGGUGACUGGAGGAAGAAACAGAGGGCGUGUUGGUGUGAUCAAGAACCGUGAGAAACACAAGGGAAGCUUUGAGACCAUUCAUAUUCAGGACUCGACGGGACAUGAAUUCGCCACGAGGUUAGGGAAUGUGUUCACUAUUGGGAAAGGGACAAAGCCAUGGGUGUCUCUUCCAAAGGGAAAAGGUAUUAAGCUUACCAUCAUUGAGGAAGCUAGGAAGAGGCUUUCUGCUCAACAAGCCGCUUAAACUGUUUUUUCCUCGGUUUCAGAAGACUGUUGUUUUUUGCAUCGUUUUAUUUCUCAUACUUAUGCCUUUAGAAUUCCUUUUUUUUUGUCGACUAUUUAAGCUUGUGAUAUUUUUUUCAAAAUAGAAAAUGAUGCUCUUGAUAUUUCCUGGUCCA